GCGCUAUAUGUUGAAUGAAGAGCGGAGAGAGGCGAAGAAGCGUUGUGACGACGGCGAUGGCAAUGGGCGCUUCCUCACUGUUUUCCCCUGUUCUCCCCUACACCAAAUUCUCACCAACUCUGCACUCCAGAAAUUCCAUUUUUGUCCUCUCGUGCUCUUCUCCGAAGAGCAUUCCGGUGACGGAGCAGCAAGUGCUCCAAGCCAUAGCUGACUCCGACGGCAAGAGCCUCCCAUGCGUCAGAACCUACGACAACGACCUCUCUCAGCUCACUCUCGUCGGACCCGUCGAUUUCCAGCAAUCUUUGACGGCGGCCGCCUCUGACGGCGGUCAAGUUGCCUCCGACCACAUCGACGCCGGCAUGGACGCCAUGGUCGUUGAAACCGUCUUCCCUGCUCCGUCCAGCGACCACGCCACCGUCUCCACUCGACUGUUCUUACCUGCUAGGAAAGUUAAAGAAAAAGCUGCUAAGCUCAGGAAAUCUUUCCCUAGAGAUGUAUUUUCCAGCUCUGAAUCUAAGAAUGUACUUGCUAUGACCUUUAGGCAAGUAGUUUUGCAGCAGAUGUGGAGCUUUGACCUGACCGUCUUUCAACCGGGAGAAGAACGGAAGAUGGAGGAUCUUGAAACACCAAGAGAGGUUCCUGCAUCUUUUGCUCUCAGCUCGUCCGAUGAAUAUCUUAUCUCUGUGCUAGCUGAAGCCAUUUGCAUCUCUGCACUCCAAAGCACCCAAAUACAAUUUCUUGACAAAAUCCCAGGUGGUAAUAGAAGUGGUUUCUUUCACUGGUUUCGCAAGCCUGAAAGGGUACAAUCAAAAGACUCUGCAGUUAUAUUAUCCAAAUUAUUUGAAGAUGAGAUAGUUGAAAAUGCUAGGAGUCUUUUGGAUAACUAUAAUUUAAUGAAGGAUGGGUUCAAGCCCCUGAAAAUUAAGUCAGGGCAUCAUUGGUGGAAGCCAUCAUGUUAUGGAAAGUUAGAGAAAAUUGGUGGUUCUGAUUUCAGUGCUUGGGCAACUGAGUAUGUACCUGCAUAUCGGUUAGAAAUUGACACCAAGAUAAUGGGAGAUGCAAAAAUUGAGGGCUGGAAGAAGUCUCCAGAGAAUAGGUGGGAAGUUCUUUUGACCCACUCUCAAAUGGUUCAGUUGGCAGAAAUACUAGAUAUGUACUAUGCAGAUCCUUAUUCACUACCUGAUAAGCAAUUAUCCUGUGGUGUAGCUGCCAGGUUUGCCACUGUAUCCAAUGAAAAGGGGAAUUCAUUAUCAAAAUUAUUGUCAGUCAUCCUUGCAAGUGGUAUAUUUCUUGUAGCAAUCAGUGCUAUGGGUCAAUUUUGUUUGCCUUGGUUAAGCAAGGAAAGGAAACACUCUGUAAAACAUAGAUCCCUACCAUCAUCUGAAGUCACUGUUGGAAUGCAUGACUCUUUGGAUGCAACUAUGUUGGAAGAGUUUUGCAUGUUAGCUAUUGCUAAGGUGAAGGACACCUUCGGUUGGUCGGAUGAAAUUAAGGUGGAAGAUGGUAUUGGUGUCUGGGUUGGAGAAUUGCCGGCUUACUUGAGAGGUGAAGGUGUUGAUAUUCUUUCUAUUAGUUCAGAAAAUAUAGAUGCAGAUGCAAAAGUAUCCAUACAAGACAUUGCUAGUUACCAGGUUGUUUUCUCUAGCGAGGGGAAGAUUGUUGGUUUUCAACCUUUGAGUCGGGUGGCUGUCAAUCAUUGGGCUGCUAAUCCUUUAGCAAGGGAGCUCUAUGGAGGGAAAAAGCUUUCCCCAAGUAUUAUUGAACCAGGUCUCAAGGUGCCCCUUCCAGAAAAGGUUAUCGUUGUAGAGUUAUUAAUGUCAAUUAAUCCAGAUUCAUAUUUUGCUCUAGCCAGGCCAUUCCGGUGAUCCUUUUCUCGGGGUAAUCUGAACGGCUAUAAGCUUCUGAGGCCCUACUAUACUGGUUUGACUAACUAAUCGUAAUAUUGUAGAUUUAAGGUUAUAUUACCCCCCAAGUGAAACUUUUCAGGCAGCGGAAGAGCUAUGCCCUGAAUUUUGAUCAGUUUUUAAAUAGGCAUCCUGAAUAUUUUUUCUUAUUAUUUUGUGAAAAAUUGAAAUCUGCUCCACCACUUUGUU